AUGCACCGAUCGAUCCCAAAUUUGAGAACUAGCAUAUUACCUGCUAGACCUACGUCCGAGGACCUUUUUCGUUUGAUUGCCGACCUUGAAAAGUUAGAUGGUCUAACUAGCCAGACGGUAUCAGAGGUUCCAUCUCACGACUGUAUCCGAUACCUCUUCGAACACAUACGGCCUAAAAGAAACGAAGAACACGCAUAUGAUUUGGAAUAUCGGUUCGUACAUGCCGUAGCUAGUGCCCUGUUAAACGGUAGCCGUAUCGAAGGCAUACCUAGGCUUCAACCCAGGGCCGGCCAAGUGCAGUCGAUCCAACGCGUCGUGUUCCGUCAUGGCGAUACUAUUCUUGUUGCUUGGACCGGAUAUGGGAAGAGUAUUGUCCUACAGACUGUAUCCGUUAUUAUGCACGACAAGGUAACCGUACAGAUAUGUCCGUUAAAGCGACUAGGACAAGAUCAGUUCAAUACUAUUGCUCGAAUACCAGGGGCGCGUCCACUUCUGAUAAUUGAUGAAACUGUUAAGGAUGAUGAUAUGUGGAAGGGCUUGAUUCAGGGGCGAUUUACCCAUGUUAUUCUCGGACCAGAACAGGCAACCCAGAAACAAUUCUUUGAUUUGCUUCGCAAUGCCGAGUUUAAUCAGAAAAUAGCAUUCGUGGCUAUUGAUGAGCUCCAUAUGGUACAUCAGUGGAAAGAUUUCCGAACUGCAUACCCAAAUAUUCACCAAAUGAGAGCUCUCAUUCCCAGGAGAGUGCCUUGGUUUGGGUGCACCGCGACGUUAAGUAAGGAGGCAGAAGAUUUCGUGUUGUCUAGCGCUGGCUUCCGCCGAAAAGGUACGGGCAAUGGUGAAUUGUAUUUUGUCAGAGCUACUAGUGACCGACAUAAUAUCUCCAUUGUCAUACAGCCAUUAGAUAAGGGUUGUCUGGCUAAAGAUUACCGACGGUUGUUCUUUCUGAUUAGUGGGAUGAGACGCGACGCCCCCGAAGCCAUUGACAAGACCAUUGUCUUUAUAGACAGUAAGAAAAAGCUUAUCGCCGCUCGUCAUUAUUUACUUUCGGAGGCUAAUAAGCUUGGUCUGCCCUCUGGCGAGGCUGAACGCGUUAUCCAACGAUAUGACGCGGAUACUCGACCCGAAGACCAACAGCGAAUAUACGAAGACUUUUCAGAAGAGAAUUCUCCUUGUCGAAUCAUGCUUGCUACUGUGGCCCUUGGGAUGGGUAUGGAUAUCCGUAAUGUGAAGCGAGUUGUGCAAUUUGGGCCUCUUGCUUCUGGCAAUCUUGCAGACUUAUUACAAAGGUUCGGUCGAGCUGUUCGAGAUGGAAAAACCCAAGGCACAGCAUACUUUUUCCCUCCUUAUUGGUAUUUUACUAUUUUAGGAGGCGAUGUAGCAGAACCUGUGAAACCAAAGCGCAGAGGGAGACCGCCGAAGCAUAAACCAAGCAAUCUGCAGCAUAUGACAAGAGUCGACGAUAGCGGAUCUGAUAGCUCGACCUAUACCCGUGCGAGGUUCUUUCCGAUGGAUUUCGAUUCUAUGACAUCUCAAACUGUCGACGGCGUGGCCACAUCUGUGGUAGAUCCGGAGCUCGGGCAGUUCGGUAUGAUUACGCCUGUUAAGUGGACAAAGUCCGAGCUCAAAUCCAGGGAAAAUCUGAAUGCUGCUUAUCCUGACAUAUAUAGGUUUGUCAAUGCCACUUGCUUCAGGAAAUAUGCUCUGGAGUUCUUGCAAGAGCCAACAGGGGAUAACGUGGAGGGUAAAAUGGAGGUCCACCCGACGGUAUGCUGUAAUGGGUGUCUUCAUAGACUCGGUCGGCUUCCUAGACCCCCCCCUAAGCCACCCAGUGAACUCGCCCCCAGGAAAGGAUCCAUGCAGUGGUUUGCAUGGCAGGAACUUCAAGCAUUUUGUGACGAACAAGCGGAACAGUUAUAUGCCGGGCUGGGCUGCCGGAUGAAAAUACCUGGGGAGAUAUUUAUGCCGAAUAAGAUUCAAUGGAAAAUAGCUGGUGUUUUCGAUAGAGAUGCUAAUCUAGGCAACCUCAAACACUCCAUCGAAGAUAUCCUAAUCCAGAGUGGCUGGGACGGACGGGAGGAGUUCGGGGGCUUGCUGCAUGCUGAAGUUGGCGAUAUUUAUCAGAAUGCCCUGGUUAAGUACAGAGAAAAUCUCGACGCUCAGAAACGCAAGAGGGAUAAUAAAAAUGAUACGCCCGCGUCAACGCCUGGAGAAACAGCAGGAAGACAAGCAACGCAAAGACAACCCUCAACGCCCAAUAUGCUUAGAACGCCUUUAAGUCGCGUUGGAUCUUCUGUAUCUCAACAAGGGACACCAGUUCUUCGCAAUACACCUUCUUUGUCGAAUCUAAGCGCGACGCCAUCAAACCGCAUACCUACUUUCGCCGUCGCAGGUGAAUCAAGCACGCCAUAUACGCAAGCUGUGUUCAAGGCACCAAAACGCAGCAGAGAGCCGCUUAGUCCAGAUCUACCAAGAAGAAAGCGAGCUUAA